AUGGAAUCCUCUCAGUCGCCUACCCAGUCCAACGACGGACGCAGCUACGAUCAGUACUUCCGCACUGCGUCUCCUGGUCGUCCAUCGGCCCCCAACGAUGACACGAACCCUAUAAAGCUCCUUCAUGACCACUCCGACACCGAUCAUCUUGACUUUGAAAACGCGCCAGCGACAGCCGCGGAGAAGAACACCUCGCCGGCUCAGGAUGACUCAGGUUUCGUCGACCUUGGAAAGUUUGCCCGUCCACGGAACCCAACCUCCCAGAUCCAGGCGCCCUCCCCAUAUGUGCCAUUCCCAGAGACACCUGCUCCCCCUCAAAACCCCUUUCGUCUAGGAGGCCGGUCUCAGCUUCUUGCACCCUCGCAGCUGUUUGGGGGCACCCAGUUUUCUUCGGCAGUCAAGCUCGCCAGCCCAACCUCGUCGCGGCCCUCUCCCGCCGAUUUCCCGCACAACUCCAUAUCUCCCAACGUCUUUAUCUCGUCUCCUCUAAAAACCCGAGGUCUUCGUUCGUCACCAGUUCCCAACGCCACGUCAAGUCCACAAGUCCUACCCGGCACAACUUCGCCGCCUAGAUUUGACGGUGAAGUGACUAGCAGCCCAAUCCAGACUGCCUCCAUAACAGGCCCAGUGAUCCCUGGGUCGUCUCAUUAUGAGGCCCCCGCGAAGAAAUCCGCCCCGGGGCCGAUGGGCACGUACGAGCCGAUGCACAAGUCGCAGGAGAGGCGCUCAAAUUCACAGCUGUCUCUUGAUGGCCCUAGCUCAGGAGACGACUCCGAUGAUCAGGAGUCUAUUACGAGACGCCUCAAAGCGAAGAACAAGAAGGAAGCUGCUUCUAGAAGGCUUGUUAAUAUUAGCAUUCCUCGGGCUUCGAGACGGAAGCCAAGGAACGGUCCAGCCUGUUAUUCAACUCGAUGCCGUACGGCACGGUCAUCUGACGAGAAAUUAACUCGGCUGAAGACUGUUGCUGACUCUCAGGAGCGCCGUGUGCAACCUGAUGAUGGCCAAUUCGGGCAUGAUGCGGACUCUACUCAGUCCGAAACAGGCGAAGGUCCAAAGUCGGACACGGUUGGGACGCCAGCCAUGGCCCCACCACUUACAAGACCAAUGCCGAGCCCGGCGAUAGAAGCAACGCCAUAUUUGAGCAGUCGGGAUACUGGCAUCGCCGAUGCCAUACCCGAGACUAGCCCGACAGAGGAGCGGUUUGAGGUUCCCGAAGAGAGCAACCUUUCUCCAGCUGACCGUCCUCUGCUCAGAGUGAAGUCGACACCCAAUUUUCUGUCGUCACCGCCGGCAUUAAGUACUAGAUCUCACAAAGCCAAGGCAUCGUCUACAUUAAAUGGCGGGCCGGGCUCGACCUCGUCGUCACUGAGUAACCUUGCGUCGACGCCAGCCGUCUCGUCUGGUACUACCCCAGCAACGCAAGAUUCGGGUCCAGCAAGGUCGGCUCUCGGUGUUGGUUUGUAUAAGCGACGUGCAACUCAUGAGAGAUUGCCAGCGUUGAAAAUGGGCUCGCAAAGGUCGGCCUCGCCGGAUGAGCUCCUCCGUGGAUCUCGGGUCUCGGCGGCGUCAAAAACUUUUCGGGCCUUCGGCAAGCCCCAACAAACACAGCGUGGCACGGAGCUCUUUGAAGGAAUGGCAUUCGCAAUAUCCUUGCAGUCCCGCAGACCUGGCGAGACCGCGAUCGAAAAGGCGAUCAAAUGGGCUGGCGGCAGGAUCCUUGAGAACGGGUUCGAUGAGCUGUUUGACGUGUUGCCGGCUAAGCCAGUGACUGGCAACUCGACGUCGACUCAGGUAGAGCCUGAGAUCAGCCUGACGCCCGAGGGCAGAUCGACGGGAUUUGCUGCACUGAUCGCAGAUGGCCACUCUCGCAAAGUCAAAUACAUCCAGGCGCUGGCACUUGGGUUGCCAUGCAUUGCAAGUCGCUGGAUCACGUCGUGCCUAGACCGGAACGAGCUUCUCGACUGGACACCAUACCUCCUCUGCGCGGGCCAGUCGGCAUUCCUCGGGGAUGCCAUCAGGUCGCGGACCUUGGCGCCGUACAAUGCUUCGACUGCUAGUCUAGUUGAUGUCAUUGGGCAGCGAACCAAGUUUCUGGAGCGAAGUCGGAUACUUCUCGUCAUGAAGAAGUCACUGGAGAACAAGAAGAUGGCCUACGUGUUCCUAGCGCGCGUCCUGGGUGCAUCCCUGACUCGCGUCUACAGCGCCGAUGAGGCAAAGGCGGAGAUGAAGGCAGCCGAAGAUGCGGGCCGGCCGUUCGACUGGGUGUAUGCCGAUGGCAAAUCGGACCAGGGGAACAUGUUUGCUGUCCCGGCGUCACGGCUAGGUGACGUCAAGAAGCGUAAGAGAGGUAGUGCCGCGGCUGCGGCUGCUGCUGAUGAGCCGCCGAGCAAGAAGAUUCGAACGCUCAGCGAUGAGCUAGUCAUCCAGAGCCUGAUUUUGGGCCGGUUGAUUGAGGAAGGCGAGAUGGGGAAGUAG